AAUCCAAAGAAGAAGGCGCCGAUACGUCCAACUCGCCUUUCAUUUGGGCGGCGGAGAAAGCCACCGGAGCUUCAUUGGAGAAACUCUGCAUCGACGAGAUACUGCAGAAGUAUUGCGGCGAGUUCGGGCGAUGGCAACUGAGGCACUUCGUGCUCACCAGUCUGGCGUGGGCCUUGGAAGCCUUCCAUACGAUGGUCAUGAUUUUCGCCGAUCGCGAACCAGAGUGGCGGUGCCUUGACGGCGCGGCCGAUUGGGAAUGCGACCCGAGCGCCAAAAGCGUGUGCGGGUUCGAACCGGGUUCGUGGGAGUGGAUGGGGGACUCAACCGUUGUGGAGUGGGGGUUGUUUUGCGCGGGUAAGUUUAAGGUCGGGCUGGUUCAGGCCGUCUUCUUCGGCGGCUGUAUGAUCGGAAAGAGCAGCAAAAGGCCAUGUCAUAACACAACCCGCCAAUUUGUACGCUACGACAAGCUGUUCUGGUGAAGCACUGUCGC